UUAGGUUAUUCUUUGGUUUUGGACUGUUUUUUAUUCAUUUACUUUAAGGUUUAAGGGAAAUAGAGGGAUUAUUGUGUAUAAUAAUUUAGGUGGUGUUAGAUUAUCGUUUGUAAGUUAGAUUUUGUAUCAUCGCAAAUAUGCCAGAAACAAAAGCUGAAAGUAAAACUUCUCCACUGGCACAUCCAUUGCCCGGCGAAGAAAUCGUAAUAUCAGGGUUGGCUGGCCAUUAUCCAGACUCCCACAACGUCAACCAUUUCCGAGACAACCUCUUCAACAAAGUGGACAUGGUGUCUUCGGAAAGCAGACGUUGGGAGCACGUCCAUCCUGAAAUACCCAAACGUACCGGCAUGGUUUACAACCUGCACAAGUUCGACGCCUCCUUCUUCGGUCUUUCCAACAGCCAGAGCGACACCUCCGAUCCUCUCCUUCGUAUGACCCUCGAAAGAGCUGUGGAGGCGAUCUUCGAUGCCGGCAUCCACCCUGACGAGCUCAAAGGCACCAAAACUGGUGUCUACGUUGGGGUUUGCUUCUCUGAGUCGGAGAAGGUUUGGUUCUUCGACCGAAUCGGCCAGAAUGGAACGGCCAUUACUGGGUUGGAAAGAUCCAUGGUGGCCCACAGGGUUAGCUACUAUUUGAAGCUGAGUGGCCCGUCUUACAUCACUGAUACUGCCUGCAGUAGCUCUUUGUAUGCCAUGGAACAUGCCUACAGGGAUCUCAGGACUGGAGUCUGCGACAAGGCCAUCGUGGCUGGUGCCAAUCUGUGUCUUCAUCCGUUUGUUUCCUUGCAAUUUGCUAGAUUGGGAGUCUUAAGCCAGGACGGAGCCUGCAAAUGCUUCGACACCGCCGGCGACGGCUACGCCAGAUCCGAGGCAAUAUGCGCCAUAGUCUUGGAAAGAGCCAAAGACGCACGAAGGAUUUACGGCACCGUGGUCCAUGCCAAGACCAACUGCGACGGUUACAAACCCGAAGGUAUCACCUUCCCUUCCGGGGAGAUGCAGCAAACCUUGCUGGAGGAGUUUUACGAGGAGUGCAACGUCGAUCCUUUGUCGCUGACGUUUUUGGAGGCUCACGGCACCGGGACGAAAGUGGGUGAUCCGCAGGAGAUAGACGCCAUCGACAAGGCCAUGUGCAAGAACCGUACCGUUCCUCUUCUGAUUGGUUCGGUUAAGUCCAGCAUUGGGCAUAGCGAACCGUCCUCGGGCAUGUGCUCAUUGACGAAAUGCAUAAUUGCAAUGGAAAACGAAAUGGUACCCCCGAAUCUUCACUUCAAGUCCCCCAGGGAGGGACUCAAGGCUUUGGAGCAGGGGAAGUUGAAGGUGGUUACGGAAUGCACGCCUCUCAAAGGUGAAGGGCUCUUGGGGAUAAAUAGUUUUGGGUUUGGGGGUGGGAACUGUCACAUAUUGUUAAGGUGGAACAAGAAACAUAAGGUGAAUAAGGGUUUGCCCAAGGAUGAUUUGCCCAGGCUUGUUGUCGUUAGUGGUAGGACGAAGAAAGCUGUGAAGACUUUCUUCAAGCAUAUUUCUACUGGUAACUUUGAUGCUGAGUAUUUCAGGCUACUUCAUCAGCUUUUCAGCAAAGACAUACUUUGCCACGUGUAUCGUGGAUACAUGAUUGUAAGCAAAAAUGGAGUGAUCAAGCAGGAUUUUGACUUCUUCUCUGGAAAGUUGCCCAACCUGCACGUUGCCUUUGGUUGUUUGUACAAUAGUUGGCAAAAUUUAGCCGGUGGUUUACUCGAGUACUCAAACUUUAAAGCUACACUCCAAAGAAUACAACAUGUCUUGGAGUCCUCUAAAGUCAACAUACUGAAAAUUAUGACUGGUACUCAGUUAACGCCUCUAGAAAACAUUUUGGGGGGUGUUUCUGUGGGUAUUGCCAUAAUCGACAUCUUGAAAGACUUAGGACUUAAACCCAAAGGGUAUAUAACUGUAUCUUAUGGACAACUUUUGGCUGCUUACUAUGAUGGACUUCUCACUCUAGAAAAAACUAUUUUAAGUGCUUAUGUCAUCGGAAAAAACACUCCAAAUCCUCCUGAGAAGGUUGUGUACUAUCAAAUUGAGCUGCCAUUGGAAAAGAUAAAGCAAAACCUGCCAGAAAAAGUUGACAUAAUCGCAGUCAUCUCCGAAAGAUCAGCUAUCAUCGGAGGAAAUGAAAAGACCAUGAAUAACUAUGUCAACAACCUGAAGGCUAUUUCGGUAAAAUGCAAAGAAGUCAGCUCCAACAUCCUGGUUAUCAGUAAAAACUCAUUUUUGAAAAACAAGAGCCUUCACGAAGAGCUGACCCAGAUAAUUGGAGCCCCAAAAAGGUGGUCGACACCUUUAAUGACCGGACUAGAAACAUUCUCAGCUGAAACUUUAAUAAACAACAUGAUAAACCCCAUUUUCAUUCCAAACCGUCUGGAACAGAUCAUCAUAGAAGAGUCCUUUCUGGAUUUGGGCACCGGAUUUAUAUCAAAAUGUUGGGGAUCCGAAUCCCAGGCACUAGAGAAGUGCAUUGUGCCCAUUGGAAACAACGAGAAGUUCAAUUUCAGUAAUUUGUUAGAGCUUAUUGGACGAUUGUACAUCAUCGGCUUGAACCCAACAGUCCACAAACUGUACCCAGAGGUGCCGUAUCCAGUUUCCAAAGGUACUCCCAUGAUUUCACCCAGCAUCAGGUGGAACUGGAGCCAGGAUUGGUUCGUCUGCAAGUACGACACUCGAGUGAGCGUGAAAAACGGCCAAAAGGUCAUCCUCAUCUCCGGUAGGGCUGAAGGUUGGUCCUUCAUCUUGGGUCAUGUCAUUGACGGAAGGAACUUGGUGCCUGCAACUUGUUAUCUGCAACUCGUUUGGGAAACUUUGGCUUACAUCAACGGAGUAAUCAUUUCUGACAUGAAGAUAGUGUUUGAGAAUUGCAGGUUCCUUCGUGCUUCCACGUUGCUGAGGGACAAUGUUGUUGAGCUGACGGUGAUGGUGCAACGUGCCUCUGGAAGUUUUGAGGUCAUUGAGGGCGACCAAACUGUUGUUAAAGGCAUAGUUAAGUCUCUGCCCAUUAACGACGCUGACAGAAUAGAUCUGCCCUUACAAGUUGGUGUUGACAAUGAUGAUUAUCUACCUAUGACGAAGAAGGACAUUUAUAAAGAACUUAGACUACGUGGUUAUAACUACAGGGGUGAGUUCAGGGCUGUUGAGAAUUGCAAUGCUGAAGCUACGAGAGGUUCAAUCAAGUGGACUGGCAAUUGGAUAACGUUCAUGGAUAAUAUGCUUCAAAUGAAGAUAUUACAAAUUGACACUCGAUUACUGUAUGUACCAACAGGCAUAAAAAAGCUGACAAUAAAUGCCAAAAAACAUCUGGAACUUUGGAAGAACGAUGGCCAACAUGUGGAUGUCCCUGUAUAUUUGUAUAAGGACAUAGAUAUUAUAAGGACGGAUGCCAUUGAGAUACAAGGCUUGAACGCAGCUUCAAUUGCCUUAAGAAGACCUUUGGGAACACCAGUGCUGGAGAAAUAUGAGUUUGUACCAAAUAUUUGCUCGUUGAACAUCCAUCACUCCGUAAGAGUCAACAUGCAGAUCAUUUUAGAAAACCUUUUUAGCAUCAAAGUUAAGGUGGUCGAAUUUUUGGACGAAGCUUCGACUGAAGGUGUAGAAAUUUUGUCACCAAUCAUCCAAGCAGUCUUAGGUGACCUACCACUGAUUCAACCCAACUUAACCGUGUUGACCAAUGACACAGAAUUGAAGCUAAAUAAUAUUACAGUCGAAAAUAGGAAGCUGACGACUGAAAGCGAUUGUCACUUGAUUGUUGGCAGCUGCAUAUUUAAAAGAAACUUCAUCCACGACCAAGUCUUUACAGCUCUGAAGGAAAAUACUUUCGUCUUAAGUCGUGAAGCUGUAGACAUGGAUUUAUCCACUGUAGAUCCAUCCUUCACCAUCUUCACCGUUCACCAAAUGGAGAACGAAAAACUGAUACUCUUCAGGAAGAAAAUCGAAGUGAAAGAGUACACCUCAAUAGAAAUAUCAGAUGCAAAUCUGCAGUUUAAUUGGCUGGAAAAGCUAAAGCCGGCUGUGAAGAACGACGAACACAUCAUAGCCUUUGCCCAGGAUCACCCUACAAGUGGAAUACUGGGUUUGAUAAAUUGUUUGAGACGGGAACCUGGAGGAGGCAAUAUAAAGACCUUUUUCAUCAUGGAUCAGGGCCUACCAAAAUUUAAUAUGCACGAACCAAUGUACAGUGAGCAAUUGUCUAAAAGUAUGGCAAUCAACGUCUUCAAGGACGGAAGUUGGGGCACCUAUCGUCAUCUACUUCUGGAUGAAGCUGCUGAAGUUGAGUCUGAACAUUGCUUUGUCAAUGUUACCACUAAAGGUGAUCUGUCUAGCUUAAAAUGGAUUGAAGGUCCACUUAAGAACGACCACUCUGCAAACGCUGAGCAGUCGGUGGUUCAUAUUUACUACUCCGCCUUGAACUUCAGGGACGUGAUGACGGCGGUUGGAAGAAUAAGCGCUGACGUUAUAACCAUGGACAGGACCGAACAGGAGUGUGUACAAGGAUUUGAAUUCUCCGGUCGUGACAACAGUGGCAAAAGGGUGAUGGGUAUGAUAAAUAAAGGAGCACUGGCCACCAUGGUGAUGUCAGACACAAGCCUGACUUGGGAGGUGCCAGACCAUUGGACCUUAGAAGAAGCUGCGACUGUACCUGUGGUUUACGCUACUGUAAUCUACGCUUUAGUAACAAGAGGCCACAUGAAACGCAGUGACAAAAUACUGAUUCACUCAGGAAGUGGUGGCGUUGGCCAAGCUGCCAUCCAUUUCGCCCUUCAUUUCGGUUGUCAAGUUUACACCACUGUGGGUACCGAAGAGAAAAGGGAGUUCUUGAAGAAAAGGUUCCCACAGUUAAAAGAUCACCACAUUGGCAACUCCAGAGACACCUCCUUCGAAACCAUGAUCAAAAACCAAACGAACGGCAGAGGUGUGGACAUAGUGCUCAAUUCUCUCGCUGAAGAGAAGCUUCAGGCGUCAGUACGUUGCUUGGCCAGGGGUGGAAGGUUCUUGGAGAUCGGAAAGUUCGAUCUUGCCACCAAUAACACGCUUCAGCUGCAGUUCCUGGAGAAGGAAGCGUCGUUCCAUGGCGUUAUGUUGGAUCACAUGUUCAAUGAAAGUCCAGCCAUGAAGAGAUCAAUUAGAGCAACCUUGACGCACGCCAUCAACGAAGGCAGCGUGGUACCUUUGUCCAGGACCGUGUUCCAGAGCGACGAAAUUGAGAAGGCUUUCCGAUUUAUGACCAGUGGCAAGCACAUGGGGAAGGUGUUGAUAAAAGUUAGAGAACCGGAAAAGGAGAUCCAAACUUAUCCGGGAAUAAAGAAGUUUAAAGGAAUUCCAAGAUACUCAUGCAACCCAAACAACUCCUUCAUUAUAAUCGGAGGACUUGGAGGAUUUGGCUUGGAACUGGCUGAUUGGCUGGUGCUCAGAGGUGCCAGAAAACUAGUGUUGACGUCCAGAUCCGGCAUAAAAACUGGCUACCAAUCGCUACGAAUUAGAACAUGGAAAUCUUACGGUGCCACCAUCAAAAUAUCAACAGCAGACGUAAAAACCAAAGAGGGCUGCGUCCAAUUGUUCAAAGAAGCUGAUAGUUUAGGGCCAGUUGAAGGACUCUUCAACCUCGCCGUGGUUUUGAAGGAUGCCCUCUUCGAGAACCAGAACCCAGAAACGUUCACUGAAUCCUUUGGACCUAAAGCUGUGGCUACCAUUAACCUGGAUGAGAUUUCUAGGAGGAUGUGUCCCAAUUUAAGGGACUUCGUGAUUUUUUCCUCGGUCUCCUGUGGCAGAGGCAACUCCGGCCAAACCAAUUACGGUAUGGCCAAUUCUGUCAUGGAAAGGAUUUGUGAGAAACGUAAAAAUGAAGGGUACCCAGCUUUGGCCAUCCAAUGGGGUGCCAUUGGAGAGGUGGGAUUGGUGGCGGAAAUGCAGGAAGAAAGCUUCGAGAUGGAGAUUGGAGGCACCCUCCAGCAACGAAUAUCCAAUUGCCUAAAAGUCUUGGACGUGUUUUUGAGGCAAUCGUCUCCAGUUGUGGGAAGCAUGGUGGUGGCAGAGAAACGUGGUGGAGCUGGAAGUGCUGACAACAUCGUCGACGCAGUGGCCAAUAUUUUAGGUAUAAGAGACCUGAAGUCCAUAAGUUUACAUUCACCGCUGGCUGAGCUGGGCAUGGAUAGUAUGACAGCCGUGGAAAUCAAACAAACCCUUGAACGAGAAUAUGACGUGUUCUUGACUGCCCAGGACAUCAGAGGAAUGACCUUUGCCAAAUUGAAAGAGAUUCAGGAAAAUCAAGAGAGUAACGCCAACAAAGAAAAGGCACUGAUGGGCAUGGACAUGUUGGUUAGGUUAAUGGGAGACGAAGGUACCUGCAAAAUACCCUUCGUAACAUUAGAGUCCAACAUUGAAGAAGCCAAUGGCAAGAAGAUACUGUUUUUCCCUGGCCUGGAAGGCAUUGGAAGCGUUCUGACUCCUUUAACCAAAAACUUGAAGGCCGAAAUUGUCUCUUUACAAUACAGCGUGGAGGAUCAAGCCGAUACUGUAGUGGAUAUGGCCUCAAGUCUUCUGGAGAACACCAAGAAGCACAUCAGCAAGGAAGAACCGUUUAUAAUCAUAGGGUUCUCGUUUGGUGCAAUCGUAGCUUUAGAAGUCAUCGGAAUGUUGGAGAAGGAAGGUUACGAAGGUAAGUUCAUAAGUUUAGAUGGUGCUCCAGCUCAGCAAGUCGAAAUUUCCACCAUGUUGGAUGUUGCAUCAGCCAAUAACUUCGAGACCAGUUUGGCACUGCAUUUGUUCGCACUUUAUGUGCCUUUUGAAGUCAUCGCGAAGCAAAAGGAGGAAAUCUUUAGAUGCAACGGCUUCGAGGCGAAGAUCAAGAAGGCUCAAGAGUAUGGAGGUGACAAAAACCCACAUGAUCCUCAUUACCAACUAGUUUCUUCAGUGGCUUUGUAUAAGAGGAUUAAAGGACUGCUAAAUUAUAAACCGUCCUACGAGAAGAUUUCAUCUAAGACAAGCCUCUUCAAGCCGAAAUUGAACAGCAUGCACAUUAUCAAGGAUGAUUACAAGCUCAGCCAGAUGUUGAACCAAGAAGUUGAUGUGAGGAUUUUUGAAGGCAACCAUUUGACCAUCUUGAACAACGAAGACAUGGCGAAGGCUAUAAACGAGAUUGUGCAUGGAAAAGUGGAGGAGGAAGCAGCACAAACAAAGGAACCAAACGAAUCUGGCGACAAAUAAUUUUUUUCCAGAAAAUACUCCUUUUAGAACUUAGUUGGUUUUAAAGAUCUCAUAUUGUAUUUAUUGUUGUAAUAUAAUGUUAGAAAUAAAAAUAAUAUUUAAAUUAA